AUGAAUAGAGAUUUAAGAUUCAACGGGCUACAAUAGACAGUUAAAGGAAAUAUUAAAGUAAAAGAUGUGAAAUUUUUAUUGGCUCAAAAGGCCGAUACAUUUCCUUAAUUAUUGGUGGCAUUUACAAAAUUUGGUAUAUUGGAGGAUGAAACUGAAUUAUUUAAAAUAUAUGAUAACAUAUAUGUAUAUUCAAUAGGGUAUUUAAUUGAAAAAUUAAAAAAUGAUGUCUAUAAUAAGAAAUCUAAUCCCAAUAAUAAUUCUAUAUAAUUGAGCACAAUAAUUAGGUCUUUUAAGGAUAGAAAGUCAUUUAAUGAAAUUGAUCACACAUUUGAUUAAAGAUAAUAUAAUAGCGUAGAUACAAAUUUUUGUUAGAAAAAAUAUAAAAAUGGGAUUGAUUAUGUUUAAGAAUAAAUAAAAAAAUAAAUGUAAAAAGAUCAAAAUUAGACAAAGGAAUGCAAUAAUACGAGCAACAUACAUUAUUAUUGCCAAAUCCAGAAAACUGAAGAAUCUAUAAAACCUUACGAAGAAAUAAGAAACUCAAAAAGUUCAAUUCCCCAUUAAUAAUAACAAGGCUCAAGGAUUUAUUAUAAUUUAAAUUCACCUGCUAGGGAACUAUAGAAAUAAAUUCAAAAAUAUCAGGAUAUAAUUGAAUAAAAAGAGUACUAAAUUAAACAAUUAGAGUAAAUAAAUUAAUCUUCUGCUUUAAAAUUGUAAAUAUAGUGUUAAUAAAUUGAAAAUCAAGAUAAGUAUAUCAUUAGAUUAAAACAAUAAGAGCUUAAAUAUGUUAAAUUAUUAGGAACCAUCUCUGAGUAUUUAUAAAAAAUAAUUGGUUAAAUAUAAUAAAAAUUAGAAAGAAAAUAAAAAUAAUAAUUAGAAAAAGAAAAAACUUCAACUGAUUUUUUAACAAGAUAGAUUUAAUCAGCUAGAGCAGACUAUAAGAUAAAGAUCAAAUAAUAAUAACUUUUCAUUUCUAAUUAAAAAUUAGACUAAAUAUUUAGUGCAAAAUUGAUAGAUUUGUAAAAUUAAUUAACAGAAACAAUAUUGCUAAAUUAAUCCAUUGAUGAUUUGGUAUAAGAUGCAGAAUUCUUAGAGUUGGAUAGUAGUUUCCGAUUUGAUUUUGAAUGA